CGUUGGAGGGGGGUGGUGGUGUGGGAAAACGGGCAUCCAUCGAGCAGGUCCCAAGCAGAGGCCGGCCUCGGCUGUUGGCAGACCGGCUUAGGGCAGAGCCUGGAGCGUUUCGGAGCACAGCCCAGCCCCAGCGCAGAGCUGCGGUGUUUCGGGCGGGGAGGGGAAGUGUUUUGGGGGCUCUUCGUCGUCUCUGCAAGUCGGAGGCGGGGAGUGUAGAGUGGGGGGAGGAAAGAGCUGUCGAGCCCCGGCUCAAGCAGACAGGUGAUGGGCGUUUCAGCCGCCGCAGCGGCGGUGGUGCUCCGGUUCCAUUCCUUGGGUUUCACUCCGGUCUGAUCUAAGCAAAUAUGCAGAAGUACCGGCUGGUCUGCUCUUAAAGCCAAAAAAGCAGAGCUAGGGAGAGAGGGAGCGAGAGAGACGGCUGCGGCCCCAGAUCCGGGAGCUACAAAAAUAUAUAUAAUAAUAAACCCAACCCCCCUUUCCUCCUCCCCUCCACCAGUUCCCCACCCCCCCACCCCAGCGGCCGAGGAGGAUCCCGGAGCGGCGCACACACACUCGCUCACACACACGCGCGCACACACACAUACACACACGCGCACACACACCAGUGUCUUUCUCCCUGAGGGAUGGUACUGAAUUUCGCCGCCACUGGAGCCCGGCUGAAGCUCCUACCCCGCAGCUCUGCGUUCCCACCGAGUCUAAAGUGCACCCGGACGCGAUGAGGACCUGGGUUUGUGUUUUGCUCCUAGGGUUUGGAUACCUGUCCUAUGCCUUUUCCGAGGAAGCCGAAAUCCCCCGGGAGGUGAUCGAGAGACUAGCUCACAGCGAGAUUAACAGCAUCCGUGACCUGCAGCGCCUCCUGGAGAUAGAUUCCGUAGGAUACGAGGAUGUUUCAGAAACAAACCUGAAAGCUCAUAUGGGCCAUGCUUCUAAACAUGAGCAGGAAAAGCGUCCUAUUCGAAAAAAAAGAAGUAUUGAGGAAGCAGUUCCUGCUGUUUGCAAAACGAGAACGGUUAUUUAUGAGAUACCUCGGAGUCAGAUUGAUCCCACAUCGGCCAACUUCCUGAUCUGGCCCCCAUGUGUGGAGGUCAGACGAUGCACAGGUUGCUGUAACACCAGCAGCGUCAAAUGCCAACCUUCACGGAUUCACCACAGAAGUGUCAAGGUGGCAAAAGUGGAAUAUAUUAGGAAAAAACCAAAAUUAAAAGAAGUUCUGGUGAGGUUAGAAGAACAUUUGGAGUGCACCUGUAUGUCAUCAAAUUCUAAUUCAGAUUAUCGCGAAGAAGAAACUGAUGUGAGGUGAAAAUAAGCUAGAAAACCUUCUCUGGGACAUGGAUGUACAUGGUUUGUUACAUUCCUGAACCUUCUAUGUAUGGUGCUUCAUUGACAGUAUACUCUACUUGUUCUCCUGUGAAAAACUCUGAAAGAACACUUGAUGAGAACAAAGAGACAAUGUACAUUUGUUUAAUGUGACAUCAAAGCAAGUAUUGUAGCACUCGGUGAAACAAUAAGAAGCUUCCUUGUCCGAAAAAAAAGAAAAAAAAAGAAAAAACUACACAAAAACCCAUACAAAAAAAUAAUAAAAGGUUGACUGAAUGGAUGAGACCCAAAAGUCCUACAAAAAUGUGACAAAAAUCUAAAUGAACAGUGGAUUUCUGUCAAGAGUGGUCAAAGGUGCUUUUUGUCAAGAAAUAGGCCUGUUUUCUUGAUGAAGAUGGAUGGACACUGAUGGACUACAGGCACACACACAAAAUGAAAACAACCAGGAAUGUAUCCAAUGCCACGCGAACACUAUAGACACAAUACAUCCUCGCUCCGUAGUGUUUUAAGUCUAUACAAAAACUUUUUGAGAGCCUUAAGUGGAUUUUUUUUACACCAUAAAGUGAUUAUUAAGCUUUUCUUUUUAUUCUUUGCCUAGCUUUUUUUUUUUAAAAUCUGUUGGACUCCAUUUACCAAUAACACAUGAAAAAGGCUGCUGUAACACUAAGGCAGUGUGAUGGUAUUUCUUCUAGCAGGAUGCAAACUAAUGAGAUGUAUUAAAAUAAACAUGGUAUACCUACCUAUGCAUAAUUUUCUAAAUGUUUCUGGGUUUAUAUUUUUCUCCUUCCCCUUUCCUUUUUAAUUUAAGCCAUUUCAGUAAAAUAAUGUGCGUAAACCAAUCAUAGAAACAUCCAUGCCAAAUUCUCCCUUCCAGGCUUUUGUCAGUUGGUGACUAGUCAGUGAUAUCUAUGUUAGCAAUUUGCCAUUCUUUUUACAAUAUAUGAGAUAGAAAGUUAACUUUUGACAUGUUUGGCUGGGUGAAAAUGUACAACUUCUUCUUGUAUCUGUAUUGUACAAUGUUGUCACAGCAGAGAAGUGGACCUGCUGCCAAUAUUUGAACAGAACUUUAAAAUUCUUUAUUUUUGGUAAGAUGUUAUGCUUUGCGUGUAUUCAACAGAAAAUGUGUUUUUUGUAAAGGUGAAGUUUGUAUUUUUAUCUAAAAUUAACAGUUUUAUAUACCUGAGAAAUCCUGCUAUGUUUUCUUGAAACCAUCCCUUUCCCCCCUCCCUCUAAGACCCUCAACCCACAACAAAACAAAAAACCAACAACACCCCCAACAACAUUUUAUGGUCAUAUUUUUCUAGUAGAAUAGCCCAACCAACUUCAAAUUCUGUCUUAAACCCAGCUUGCUUUGCAGUAGAAGGCUGGUUGAGAUGCAUAUGCUUCUUUAAUUUACCAGUGGCCCAUGGGGAUUCUACUGGGUCCUCACUGGAGGGCUCAGCUAAACCCAGUUGGCUUCAGGCCCCACCCACUGCUUUGAAAAUUAAAGAGGAUGUGGUCAUUUAAAAAAUUCCAGAAUCAUUGGUCAGUUCAAUUUGAUGAAAGAAAUUGGCCCAACUGUUCAUUUAUUGUCACACAGACCAAACAUUUGGUUAGUUGACUGAGACUCAGUUGUCUAUCUGAUGCCAAAAGCCAUUGGGAAGGAAAGUGAAAACUUUAGUCAGAGGGGUUAUUUGGCUGAAUUUAACUUAAGGGGGAAAAACAUCCAUGUUUGAAUCAGGCUUGCUUGGAGGGUAUAGGCAAAAGCCUGAUUUUAUUUUCCACUUUUCUUUGGUUUUAUGGCUUUGGGUAGACAUUGACAGUGAACUAUUCUGAGUACCCUGGUGGCUGUUGGCUGCCUUAUUUCUUCCCUCAUCCCUCAAAGUAGGUUAAGUCAUGUGGCCAUUGCCCUUUUAAUUUUGUUGAUCACAUUUCACAUGAAAUGUCUCCUAAAGAGAUGGAAGCUUUCUAUCUGUUGUAUGUGUUAGUGAAGUAAAGGGUUUUUGUUUUUUAAAGAGGAACUUAUAAAGUAGCAUGUCUUUAUGAUAAGGCUUUCAGGCCUGAAUGGAAUGCCUCUGAAUGUGAAUGAACUGAAGCUUUGAGAUGUAAACACUAAGAUUGGGGUAGGAUAGGGAAGGGGGGUGGGGGGAGGCUGAGGGGAACCAAUGUUUGUAGCCUUUCAAAUUUUGGGGAAAAGAUUGAACCUGUUCCUGCCCUCUUUGGCACGAUUUCAAGCAACAGAAAAGCAAUUUUGGGAACAGGCUGUUAAUGGCAGCAUGAAGUCAGAAUUUAGCCUUGCCUGGAUGCGGGUCAGAUGCCGGUAGGGGUGUGCUCUCUUCCCAGAGAGUGGAAACCUGAGUUUUGUUGGCCACCUGUGCUUACUCUCAGCUGGGUACCAUUCACAAUGCUAUGCCCAUGAAUGUAUAUGUCUAAAGUUUUUUUUUUUUAAUGUGUAAAAGUGUAAUUUAUAUAUUUAUGUUUCAGUGAGAUGCCAAUAAUAUUGCUCAUCUCUCUCUUUUUUUUUUUGCAAGCUAUCUAAUGAAAGAAUUCAUUUACCCAUUAAAAUCAUGUAGCUGAAAAAG